CCUCCGGGCUCUUAGACCUACUGGGUGUCUGCCCCUGCCUGGGACAGUCCACUCCCCCAAAGCCCAGGGCUAGAUUCCCGUGCAUGACCUCGCUUCCUCUGGAUGUGCAAUCUGAUUGGCUUGGCUUGGGAUCCCCACGGCAGGCAGCCCUGGAGAGGCCCCAGGUUUGGGGGGGAGGGGGUGUCUCACGCCAGAGAAAUGCAGCCCCUGAGCUCGCUUGACCUGCUACAUCCUCCCGGGCUUUUCAAGUCAAAGAACUCCGACUUCCUGAAAUUGUUGCACUGGGUGCACCGCCUGAGCCCGUGGUCUUGAGGAAGGAGCGAGGAUGGCCGUGGGCCAGUGACUCCGGGCGGCCUUUGAGACGAGAGGACCCUAUGACCCGAGGCUCCACUCCCUCCCUCUACCUGCCCGUCGAGUUCCAGAGGAUGGGCUCCUUCCGGAGGCCGAGGCCCCGCUUCAUGAGCUCCCCCGUGCUGAGCGACCUGCCCCGCUUCCAGGCUGCCCGCCAGGCCAUGCAGCUCAGUUCCAAUUCGGCCUGGAACAGUGUCCAGACUGCGGUGAUCAACGUGUUCAAAGGGGGAGGCCUACAGAACAACGAGCUGUUCCUGCUGAAUGAAAACAUCAGGCGGCUGCUGAAGAGCGAGCUGGGAUCCUUCAUCACAGACUACUUCCAGAACCAACUUCUUGCUAAAGGGCUGCUGUUUGUGGAAGAGAAGGUUCACCUGUGUGAAGGUGACCGUCGCCUGGACCUUCUGGCCGACACCUGGGACCACUUCUUCACAGAGACCCUCCCCACCCUGCAGGCGAUCUUCUACCCCGUUCAGGGCCAGGAGCUGACCAUCCGCCAGAUCGCGCUGCUGGGCUUCCGGGACCUGGUGCUGCUCAAAGUCAGGCUGGAAGAGAUGCUCCCGGCGGGGCCGGCCCAGGUGCCCUCGUCCAUCGUGCAGAUGCUGCUCGUGCUGCAGAGCGUCCACGAGCCGGCCGGCCCGAGCAAGGGCUGCCUGCAGCUGGAGGAGCUGCUGAAGCGCGUCGUGUCUCCCUUCCUGGGCACGGGCAGUGGCGAUCGGGGCCUUGCGGGAGCGCCUUGUACUCUGGCCCGCCGCCAUUCUCGAUCUCGCCCCAAGGUGACCGUUCUGAACUACGCGCAGGCGGCGGUGACGGCCCGCCCUCUCCACGAGGUGGCCCUGACCCCCCUGACGGAGCAGGAGGGGGAGGCGUACCUAGAGAAGUGUGGCAGCGUCCGCCGCCACACCGUGGCCAACGCUCACUCGGACAUCCAGCUGCUCGCCAUGGCCUCCAUGAUGCACUCUGGCAUGGGGGAAGAGCCCGAGGGCGGGGACAAGUGCCUGCUCCUCCCGCCCAGCUUCCCUCCUCACCGCCAGUGCUCCAGCGAGCCCAACAUCGUGGAUGGCCCCGAGGCACUGGAGGAGGGGGGCGCCGAGGCUCCAGAGUGUGGGGAGCUCAGCUGUACGUCUCUGGGCUGAGCGGCUCCCUUUAGAGGAGGAGAGCCCCUGGUCCAGGAGCUCCCUGUGGCCCGAGGUGACACCAGGAGAGCAAAACGUCUGUCCUUCCAUUUAAGAAACGUGAUUUUGCUUUACGAGGAAGCUUUGCAAGAAGCCUGGUUUAAGUCCCUCCUCAAGGCCGGGUCCAAAUGCCCUUUGUUUCCCUGGGGUGACCCUGGCUCUGCCUCCCCUUUCUGAACAGGCCUCGUCGAACCCCCCGAAGCCCUAGCUCGGCGCCGUCCGCUGCCCCGCGUCUAACCCUCUGCCCCGGGCAGCCUCUUCGAACGACCCCAAAGGCGGUGCAUGCGUCCUCGUGCUGCCGGGGCUGUUUCAGUGUGUGUGGCAUUCUUCUACCAGCUGCGGGUGGACCGGCCCGUCGGUGCCACCAGGAGCCCUUUCCUCGGACGGAUCGUCCUCGUCCCUUCAUGGCGGGAGAUCCCGUAAGGCAAAGGAGGAAGGAGGCAGCCGGACACCUCCUCCUGGGUUGGGAAAGUGAAGGAUGGGAGGGAAGCCUCUCCAUCCCCGAGAUUCCAAGGAGUGAGGGUGUCUUGGGGGUGCUUGGAAUCCAGGCAUCCCCGUGGGUGUUCAUGGGGAAAGGGAGGAAUUGUCCCCCGAGUUAUUUGGGGCAGCGUUUCAAAGGAGGGUGUUGAGACUGGAAAGGCCCUGUUGGGUCCAAACGAUUCCUUUUGGGGGACCUUUGUCAAAUACAAAGAGAGUGAAUGAGUGUGUGUGUAUAUGUGUGUGUCAGAGAGAGAAACAGUCAGAGAGUGUGAGUGUGAGAGACAGAGACAGAGAGAACCAAAGCCUUUACCUUCUUAAUUCAGACACUGACUUUUCCCCCUGAUUUUGAGUGAAAACAACUGCCUGACAACUGUUAGACUAUUCCUGGACUUGACUUGAAUUUUUAAACUUGUGUUUAUUAAAAAAUGAAAAAAAAAAUGGUGUCGUUUGUUUGCAAAGGUUUGCACAAAAGAUCUUGCACUUUUCAUUGAAUGUCUGAUCACACACACACACACACACACACACUCUCUCUCUCUCUCCCUCUCUCUCUCUCUCUCUCUCUCCCUGUUUCUCUCUCUCUCUCUAUCUCUCUCUCUCUCCCUCUCUCUCUCUCUCUCUCUCUCUCUCUCUCUCUCUCUCUCUCUCUCUCUCUCUCUCUCUCUCUCUCUCUCUCUCUCCCUCUCCCUCUCCCUCUCCCUCUCCCUCUCCCUCUCCCUCUCUCUCUCUCUCUCCCUCUCCCUCUCUCUCUCCCUCUCCCAAACUAGGUGGCCGCAGGAGUUUUGGGGGGAAAUUGGGUCCGCAUGGCGACAGUUGGCGGGCCACUGAGAUCUCUAGAAGUCACAGCUCUUGAACCUAAAGUGGAAUGACUAUGGGUGCUUCAUUAGUAGCUUAUGAGGCAGAAUCCUGUCUCCAUGACACCCUAACUCGGAGAUACUGUGGAUAUAAGGCUGGCCCUGGAGUCAGGAAGACCUGGUUCAAGUCCCAGCGCUGAAACAUCCUAGUCUUGUGAGGGCUGGCAAGCCACCAACCUUUCAUUGGCUAGUAGCCAGGCUGCAUCUGAGGAAAUGUCUGCCCUCAGUUUUUCCAGGGAUGAAAUCGGUCCUAGACUCAGGCUGAGGGAGGUCUGGGGGCCGGAGAGCCAUCUUGCCUGGGGGGUUGAGUUUUCCUCAUUCCUUGUGAUCCGGGAAGUGUCCACUUCUGGUGACAAUCACUGUCAGAGGAGCAGAGGAGGUUUGUUCCCCGUUUAGGAGAAGAGCAUGAUGGGAAUCGAGUGACUAGACAUGGGUACAAUAUUGUGCUUUAGAGCCCUGCAGAUUGCACCCAGUUUCCUCCCCUUUCUCUAAAUGUGUCCACGCUGCCCAAAGCCCCUUUGGAUGAGGCGGACUCCCCCUGCCCCUACUGGGCAACUUCUUUGGCCCUUGUCCAUCUGUAGAAAAGGGUUUUUUUUUGGGGGGGAAAUAACAGUGGCCCCAACCCACCUGGCUCCAUAAGGAUGUCAGCCCAAGGGGACAUUGCCGAUGUCAUCCUCUGAUAGCCUCCGGAAUGUGGUGCCUUAUAUGCUUUGUUAUGUGAUCUUGUUCUGUCCUUUGGAAAUUACCUUUGUCAAAAGUGGCACAAUUUAAGGGGGCAGCCAAGUGGCCAACAAGGUUCCAACGUGGCCUCAGGUAUUUCCUAGCUGUGUGACCCUGGGCAAGUCACUUAACUCCUAUUGCUUAGCCCUUAUUGCUCUUCUACGCUGGAACCAACACAUAGUAUUGAUUCUAAGGCAGAAGAUGGGGGCUUUAAAAAAUUGUUCAUUUAAGAGACUCGGGUCCUCCAGCCCAGCCUCCUUUCUUCAGUCGUUUCUUUUCCUUCUGCCCAUCCAAGUAAAAUGGAAGUUAGGUUUUAUAAAUGAAGAGUUUUUUUAAAAAAAAGAAAUCUGUCUACAUCUUAAUGAAACUUCACAAAUGAGCCAAUUAAACUCAAUUAGAAAAAUAAUAGGUUUUGCCUAUAUUAACACUCAUGGUUUUCAACAUGAUACAUUUAACCAACGGCUGCCGUCCUCGGCAUUAUUUACACAUCGGACAAAAAUGGUUUGCAUUCGUCUUGGAAUUGAGUUGCAGUCUGUUUUUUAAUCAUCAAGACCGAGGGUCUAUGAAGAUCCACCAAAACAGAUCAGCAACGUGCAGAGAGCCCCGAGUGAAAACGAAAGACCCCUGUUACAUGCAUAAGCCACGAGGUUAAUGGAAACAUUCGUAAGGAAAUGAUCUACGAAAUCCUGAUUACUGAAGGGUAGGAAGGAGGUAGUUGGAGGACUUUGCCCUUGGUCUCUAUCUGCGUAUAAUUAUAUAUAUUAUAUUUAUUUUACAUAUAAUAUUACAAUUAUGCAUAAUUAUGAUAUAUCUAUUUUUAUAUAUUUAUAUUUUAUGCUUAUAUUUUUACAUUUAUUUAUAUUUAUAUUAUUUUAUUAUAUUUUAUUAUCAUAUAUCAUAUUAUAAUUUAUAUUAUUUUAUUAUAUUAUUAACUAUGCCAUAAUUCUAAUAUGUAAAUAUAUAAAUAAAAUAUUUAUAUAUAAAAAUAUAUUUGCAUAUAAUAUAAUUAUAUAGAUGAGAUCUUCAUACUCCAUCAUAUAAAAUUAUAUGGGUAUCAUUUGGCGUAUAUUAGAGAUCUGUCGAUGUUGUAUAAGACACUUCAGCCUCCACCACGGCAGCAGGAAGGAUAUCCUUAGUGGUUCGCCUUGAUUUCCUCCAUCAUGGAAUGACCGACCCUCCCACUGUAUCUGCUCGAAUUUUCUUCUGGUUGACAGAAGCCAACACAACUAUAAAGUCCUUGUCUUGAGCUGAAAGUCUUUCAAGUUCUCUAUUGUGUUCCCCAAACAGAGUCAAUAAACACUAUUUUGUCAUUUCGG